AUGAUAUUCUUCCUCUCCAGGCAGCUCCACAGCCCCACAAACUUCCUCAUCCUCUCCCUGGCUGUGUCAGACUUCCUCGUGGGCCUCCUGCUGAUGCCGAAUGGCAUAUUUUUAGCCGAGGCUUGCUGGCUCCUGGGUGAUCUCAUGUGUGCUCUGUACUAUCUUGUAGAUUUUAUCGUCACCUCUUCUUCUGUGGGAAAUAUGGUGCUCAUAUCAAUUGAUCGUUAUUUGGCAAUAUGUGACCCUCUACAUUACACCACCAGAAUCACUCUGGACAGAACAAAAAUCUUUGUUUGUCUGUGUUGGAUCUGCUCCAUUUUCUUUAGUUGUUUUAUUAUAAAGUACUCUAUGCGACGACCUGACUCUCAGAAUUCCUGCUACGGAGAGUGUGUAGUAAUCCUUAACCACAUCACAGGAGCUGUUGACCUUGUUUUUACCUUUGUUGGCCCAAUAACUGUCAUCAUAGUUCUGUAUAUGAGAGUAUUUGUGGUGGCUGUGUCUCAGGCUCGUGCCAUGCGCUCUCAUAUUGCAGCCAUCACACCUCAGGGUUCAGUGAGUGUAACUGCUAAGAAAUCUGAGAUGAAAGCAGCCACGACUCUUGGAAUUGUUGUUGUUGUGUUUCUAUUAUGCUUCUGUCCACAUUUUACUCCAUCCCUUAUAGGUGAGGAUAUCGAAGAAAGCAGUUCAUCCUCAUCCUUUGUCAUGUGGCUGCUGUAUUUCAACUCCUGUCUUAACCCUCUGAUCUAUGCCUCUUUUUACCCCUGGUUUAGAAAAUCUAUCAAACUC